UUUCCUUCCGUCCGCCCUGCUGCUCACGGGGAAAAGGAGUGACGGGGAAAAGAACUACAAAGGAAGGGAAGGCGGCUCAGUGACUUCUCAGUGACGGCUUAGUGUAUGUCACCAUGAAGUCACAGGAAGUGUUGGGGAUUAGUUACACGCCGCGGGAUCCGACCAUGGAUACCAUCGAUCUAAAGGACAGGGGCGAGGUGGAUCCCACGGCGGGCGUCACCUACGCCUGGAGAGACCUCAACGUGUACGCCGGUGGGGGGAACAUGUUGAGGAAGAAACCAAAAGUACACAUCCUUAAGGACGUGUCGGGCGUGUGUGAGGGCGGGCAGAUGCUGGCCAUCAUGGGCGCCUCGGGGGCAGGCAAGACAACACUACUCAACGUCCUCACCUACAGGACACGGAAGCUGGAAAUCAAGGGCGACAUUCACAUCAACGGAAGACCCGUGGACAUGCGGACCAUCGCGGGAGUGUCUGCCUAUGUGCAGCAGGAGGAUCUUUUCACGGGCGUCUUCACCGUCGAGGAACAGCUUCACUUCAACGCCCAGCUGAGGAUCGGCAAGGAGGUGUCCGAAGCGGAGAGGAAGCGAAGGGUGGCCGAAGUCAUGACGGAGCUGGGCCUCAACAAGUGCGCCAAGACCAAUAUCGGCAUCCCAGGCCGCAUGAAGGGAAUCUCAGGCGGAGAGAAGAAGCGGCUUGCCUUUGCUUGCGAGAUGAUCACCAACCCGCUGCUGCUGCUGUGUGACGAGCCCACCUCCGGCCUGGACUCCUUCAUGGCCCAGAGCGUCGUGAAUGCCAUGAAGAAGAUGACAGAGCUGGGAAAGACUGUCAUCGCCACCAUCCACCAGCCCAGCUCAGAGGUGUUCGCCAUGUUCGACCGCCUCCUGCUGCUGGCCGAGGGACGCGUCGCCUUCAUGGGCACGGUGCAGGAGGCGCAUCUCUUCUUCACCAGGUUGGAGCACCCCUGUCCGCUGAACUACAACCCCGGGGACCACUUCAUCUACACAUUGGCCAUCCGGGGAGGCAUGGAAGAGGAGUGUCGCCAGUUCGUGUCCCAUGCCUGCGAUUCCUUCAGAGAUGGCGAAGGCAUGGAGAUGAGGAGGUACAUCGACCAAGCCAUGAAACCACCAGAGCGCGGUGACGGCCUGGCCAAAAUAAACUUGCCUAAGAGUCCCUACAGAGCUUCUUGGUUCAAUCAGUUCGCCGCCAUGACCAGAAGAGCCACCCUGGAGCAGAUGCGCGCCCCGAUCCUGCUCACGGUGAAGCUCUCGCAAUCUCUGUUUUUCGCUAUAGUGUUUGGUUUGAUCUACCUGGACCUGGGCAAAGAUGGUAUCACCCCGACGUCAGUAGCGAACAUCAGCGGCGUGCUCUUCGUUUUCGUCACCAAUAUGUCCUUCUCAAAUAUGUUCCCCGUAGUCACGACCUUCUCAGCCGAAAUGCCUCUAUUCUUACGGGAGCACUGGAAUGGCCUCUACCGUACCGACGUCUACUUCCUCACGCGUAACCUUGUCGAGCUGCCCUUCUUCAUCCUCAGCCCCUUCGGUUUCAUGGCCAUUGCCUACUACAUGGUGGGCCUCAGACCAGAGGCAGAACGCUUUUUCAUGGCAUCCUUCAUCAUCAUCAUCGUGGCUAACGUCGCUGUCUCAUACGGUUACAUGAUCUCUUGCUUGGCCAAGAAUUACCAGACGGCGCUGGUUCUCUCCACGCCGCUCACCUUCCCCCUGCUGCUCUUUGGCGGGUUCUACAUGAAGCCUGGGACUAUUCCUCCGUACCUGGACUGGCUGAGUUACCUGUCGUGGUUCAAGUACAGCUUUGAGGCUCUGAGUAUCAACCAGUGGAAGGAUUUCGAAAACAUAACCACCGAGAACACGACUGUGAUUGUCGAGGACAAGGUGAUGGAGAAGCUUGGCUUUGAUGUGGAUAACCUGUGGGUGGACGUCGGUUCCAUAAUAGCCUUAGUAGUGGGCUACCGGAUAUUGGCCUUCCUUUUCCUCCUCUCCAAGACCUUCAGGUAAACUCGGGUGGCUUCCCUUUCUUCUGCACGUAACCACCCGUCCUUCUGCCUGCAGCUGCUGCUCCACACAAAAGCCCCAUAUUCAGAAACGCUUUGCUCUCUCACCAUGAGUACUUUCAAAGGGCACAGAGAUGAUUAGUCGCUUUCUCAAGACUGUUUCUAUCUUUAAUAAUGUAGAAAUCUUGUUAAUCUAUCACUAAAACUGUGAAAAAAUACACAUUUAAAGAUAUGCGCAACUUCAACUAGAGCCUCUUGAAAGUAAUUGAGGUGCGAUGUAGAAGUGUUUCAGAAUAUGAUCCAAAGCACGACCAGAAGGGAUCAUGGCAUCAGUCAGGACACUUCGGGAGUGGACUUUGUGAUGAUUUUGUGAUGCAAUGGACUUUUACUUCACUCACUGGGGAAGCUGAUUUUGAGAUUCUGUAGAACUUCUGCAUUUUCUUUACGUCAGGAAGACGCGCUGAGCUUUAUUGUUGUUGUUAUUAUUAUUAUUAUUAUUGUUAUUGUUAUUAUUAUUAUUAUUAUUAUUAUUAUAUUUCAUCAUCGUUAUUGAUAAUAUGAGCGGUAAUAGUUUCUGCAUCCCGACCAGCCCAACACUCGGUCUUCCUCAGUAAUGAACAUGCCCAUAUAUUGAAGUUUCCAUCUGAAUGAAUUCGCUUCCGACCAUUCCACCCACAAUAUUUCCCCUCCAAAGUAACGUCCUCCUGUGAUAGAUUAGGCUAGGUUAGGUCUUGGGUUAUUUACCAUGGGGGAAAUUUCCAUGGAAUCUUCCUUGGCGGGGGUUUCAUUUGGUGUAAUUUAGAUAGAACUCUCGCUCUUGUCAGUUAUCAGUACUUUUUCUUAAGAGUGACCUUUGUGUAUCAUAUAUAAAUAAGAGACAGUUGUUAAAUUAUUUUGUAAAACACUGUAUGAAACUGAAUAAAUUAGUUGUUAAUGA